AGCAACGUCUGCGGCCUGCAGCUCGCUUGCGAGCGCCGGGCUUUCCCAUGAAGGUGUCUCUCGGUAACGGCGAGAUGGGCGUCUCCGCCCACCUGCAGCCUUGCAAGGCAGGAACUACUCGGUUUUUUACCAGCAACACGCACAGUUCUGUUGUGCUGCAAGGCUUCGAUCAGCUCAGAAUAGAGGGGCUGCUUUGUGACGUGACUUUGGUACCUGGCGAUGGAGAUGAGAUCUUCCCCGUUCAUAGAGCCAUGAUGGCGUCCGCUAGUGAUUAUUUCAAAGCCAUGUUCACAGGCGGAAUGAAAGAACAAGAUUUAAUGUGCAUUAAGCUUCAUGGGGUGAACAAGGUUGGGCUGAAGAAAAUCAUUGACUUUAUUUAUACUGCAAAACUGUCUCUAAAUAUGGACAAUCUUCAGGACACGCUGGAAGCUGCCAGCUUUCUACAAAUCCUGCCGGUUUUGGAUUUUUGUAAAGUAUUUCUUAUAUCAGGCGUUUCUUUAGAUAACUGUGUCGAGGUUGGACGGAUUGCUAACACCUACAAUCUUAUAGAAGUGGAUAAAUACGUGAAUAAUUUCAUCCUGAAGAACUUCCCUGCCUUGCUGAGUACUGGGGAGUUUCUAAAACUCCCCUUCGAACGGCUCGCCUUUGUGCUGUCCAGCAACAGUCUCAAGCACUGUUCUGAGCUUGAACUCUUCAAGGCAGCCUGCCGCUGGUUGAGGCUCGAAGACGUUCGGAUGGACUAUGCUGCAAAACUAAUGAAGAAUAUUCGGUUUCCACUGAUGACACCACAGGACCUCAUCAACUAUGUGCAGACUGUAGAUUUCAUGAGAACAGACAACACCUGCGUGAAUUUACUUCUGGAAGCAAGCAAUUACCAAAUGAUGCCGUACAUGCAGCCAGUGAUGCAGUCGGACAGAACUGCCAUCCGAUCUGAUUCUACUCAUUUGGUUACGUUAGGAGGAGUUUUGAGGCAACAGCUUGUUGUCAGUAAAGAGUUACGGAUGUACGACCAAAGGGCCCAGGAGUGGAAAUCCUUAGCCCCCAUGGACGCUCCUCGAUACCAGCAUGGCAUUGCUGUUAUUGGAAAUUUCCUCUACGUGGUUGGUGGUCAGAGCAACUAUGACACGAAAGGAAAAACAGCUGUUGAUACAGUUUUCCGAUUUGACCCUCGGUAUAAUAAAUGGAUGCAGGUGGCAUCAUUAAAUGAAAAGCGCACAUUUUUUCAUCUGAGUGCCCUCAAAGGACAUUUGUAUGCGGUUGGUGGGCGCAGUGCAGCUGGUGAGCUGGCCACAGUAGAAUGCUACAACCCAAGAAUGAACGAAUGGAGCUAUGUGGCAAAGAUGAGCGAACCCCACUAUGGCCAUGCUGGGACAGUAUAUGGAGGCUUAAUGUAUAUUUCAGGAGGAAUUACCCAUGACACUUUCCAAAAUGAGCUCAUGUGUUUUGACCCAGAUACAGACAAAUGGACACAGAAGGCUCCUAUGACCACAGUCCGAGGCCUGCAUUGCAUGUGCACAGUUGGAGACAAGCUGUAUGUCAUUGGUGGGAACCACUUCAGAGGAACUAGUGACUACGACGAUGUUUUGAGCUGUGAACACUAUUCACCAACCCUGGACCAGUGGACCCCAAUUGCUGCAAUGCUGAGGGGCCAGAGUGAUGUUGGAGUUGCUGUCUUUGAAAACAAAAUCUAUGUUGUUGGUGGAUAUUCGUGGAAUAACCGUUGCAUGGUAGAAAUUGUCCAGAAAUACGACCCAGAAAAAGAUGAGUGGCAUAAAGUUUUCGAUCUUCCAGAGUCACUUGGUGGCAUUCGGGCUUGUACUCUCACCGUUUUUCCACCUGAAGAAAACCCCGGGUCACCGUCUAGAGAAUCUCCACUGUCAGCGCCUUCAGAUCAUGCUUAGAUCUGAGGUGUGACACCUCUUCAGUGUGUCAUGGUGGUCUUAGACUUCGUCAGGUGUCUCUUACUACUACAGUUAAUAGACAAAAAGGUAACUUAGGCUUUUGUUUUUUGUUUUAUUUUUUGUUUAUUUUUUAAUUUUUGGUUUGGCUUAAUAUGUUUUUUAAGUGACUAAUGAGUGCAUUUAGAAAAAUGUAUUAAAUAUGCACCUGUUUUACCAAGUGAAAAACAUAACAUAGAAAAUUAGAUGUCUUUUGUGGUGUUACAUACAUUAAACUGUAGAUCAUAGUGGAUGUGUAAUUAUGUCUAUUAUACUAUCAAAUUAAAAAGGUUUGAUUUGACUGAAACAUCAAAUGGAGGCCCCUGUUCUAACCUAAAAUAAUAAAAGAUUGCCAAGGUACAGCUACCUCCCUCUGAAUAGUUUUUGACAAUCUGGUAACUAGGCUGUGUGAUUACUCUUAGAAUAUAUGAAGUUGCUUAGGUAGAGAGAA